AAAAUGUCAAAAAUCAUUUUACUUUUGGCCUUUAUAUUUCUAACAACUUUGGAAAUUAAUUCGGCUGUUGAUUCCCCAGCAAAUAAUAAGAAAAGUGGAUCAACAGAAUCUGUUAAAACUGAAGAAAAAAAGGAAGAAGCUACAACACCCAAACCAGAAACCGUAACUUGUCCACCUUGUCCAACACCACCAGAAGUUGAGGAAAAAAGUAGUGGAUUUGGUGGUGGCUCUAUUUUCUUAUCAAUUCUAUUCGGAAUGGGUUUAAUGUUUGGAUUAACACAGUUAUAUAUUUAUUGGGAAAAACGACGAAGUGGUGAUUUAAGUACAUAUCCCGGAUAUUAA